GAGUGACACUUUCUGUCCACUGGGGCCCGACAGUGAAGAUUCCUCAACUUCUACUUGAAUUAGGGCUUCAGUGAUCAUCAUGUCAGCAGUCGUGGACGUGUUGCUGCCUUUGUUUCUCUGCAUUGCUUUGGUGAACACUGGCAUUUUCGACAAUGUGUUGGUGGACAUGUCCUAUGAUCACUAUGCUGAGAAAAGAGUGGAUCAGCUUCCGGCCUUUCUGGCCAUGCCGUUUAACUGUCUCGUAAACGUGGGUUAUAUCAUAGUUGGUGUUUACUGGCUGAGCCGGAGGGUAGAUGAUCCCCACGCUGCCUACACCAAGGAUGUGUUUGCGCUCAUGGCCCUGUUGUACGGCCCGGUUCAGUGGACUCGCCUGGCCACCCUGCGCCGCGCGCCCUCCGUCCUGGACCAGUGGCUCACGCUGCCCAUUUUCGCCUGGGUGCCGGUAUGGUGUCGGCUCAUUACGCACGGCUGGUGCGCUCGGUACGCGCUCACUGUGGAGCUGUGCUCGGUGGUGAGCUACGCGCUGGCGCUGCUGCACGAGCGCGGGUUCGAGGUGGCUCUCGGUGCUCACGUCGCCGUUGCAGUGCUGCAGGCCGCCGCGGCUCAGCGCGCCUCCGGAGACCCGGUGUCUCUGCGCUACUUCAUUAACGCAGCGCUCUCCUGUGCAGGAUUCGUGCUUUUAAAGCUCCUGGAUCACGAGCUGGCCCAGUUCUGGCUCUUUCAACAUCUCACCGGGCAUUUCUGGUCCAAAGUGUGCGACAUUCUCCAGUUCCAUUACAGUUUCUGUUUUCUUACGCACCUUACGCAAAUUGCGCACAAACGAACGUAAAUUCAACCAGACCAGGACAAGCCGCCAGUGUAACACUAACACAGCAAUAAUAUACACUGCUUUUGUAAUCCUUUUAAUUUUAUCAGACGUUAUCAUUUUUGAAGCAAGUUUGUUCAUUAAUUAAUUGGGGACUUAAAUGGGGGAAGCCAUGGUCCAAUGGUUAGAGAAGCAGCCAUGGGACCAAAAGGUUGUCGGUUCGAUUCCCUAAACUAGCAAGAAUGGCUGAAGUGCGCGUGAGCAAGGCACCUAACCCCCAACUGCUCCCCAGGCUGCUUUGCAUAUGCUGUACAUCACUCUGGAUAAGAGUGUCUGUUAAAUUACAGUAGUGUAAUUAAGUAUUGAUUACUUACACUAUUAUAUAGAAUGCAUAUUUAAUCCAUUCAUUAUGCACAGCUCAAACUGCUUUACAGAAAUUCCAAGGCAGUCAUUUCAAUAAUUCAAGUGAUAAUAUAGACAUAAAGGAAAACACUUUAAAAAAAAUCGAAUGUAAAAAAGUUUUCUGCUGCCAUUUAAAUUUGGUAGCAGUGAAUGAUUGACAGAUCCAAGGAUUAAUGCUUCUUCAAUUUUCUAUGCGUUAACUCAAUGAAUGUUUGCUCAUUGUACAGUUUAAUAGGUUCAGAAAUAUGUACAGCAUCACUCAAAAGUUUGGACACACCUUCUCUAAUUCAAUGGUGUUCCUUUAUUUUUAUGAAUUAAAAGACACUUCAUGUCUUAAAGUAAUGAUGGAUGUUGUUUCUCUUUACUUAGUUGAGCGAUUCUUGGCAUAAUAAUGUAUGGAUUAGUACAGUUGUGGAAUAGGGCUAUUUACUGUAUAUUUAUUAUUUACUGUUUGAUCUCGAAUGCAUUAAGAAGGUGAGAAAUUGCACUAAUUACCUUUUGACGAGACACCUGUUAAUUGAAAAGCAUUCCAGGUGACUACCUCAUGAAGCUGGUUAAGAUAAUGUCAGUAGUGUGUAAAGUGUCAAGGUAAACGCUGGAUACGCUGAUGAAAAUAUGAAACAUACUUUUGUUUAUUAAAACUUUUCUUUACCACAUAA